ACUAGUAUAAGGCUUCCUCUUCCUUUACAUACUUAUACGACAAGCAAAAAGAAGAAGAAAUCCAUCUAGGUCUCGGCGGCGAAGGAAGUUUGAUCUCAUCUCCCGCGAUCUGCCGAUCUCCUCCUUCCUUCAUCUCCCUAGCUAUCUCGCUCCAGUUACAGUACAGGAGCGGUCGACCCAUCGGUGGCCAUGUCGCCGAUAUAUGGAGAAUUUACCAUUAACGACUAUGCCGGACUGCAGACAUUGGAUGAUUCCGCUUCAAAGGAGUUUCAGGAGUUCCAGGAUUUCUGGCUUGCUUGCGCCCAGCGCCAAAUGAGCCUCAGGCCCGCGUCGCCGUCCCAUGAGCAGCUGAUGAAGCGCAAACAAGAGCGUAAUCGCAAGAGUUUGAUUAUAGCGCUCAACACAUAUGCCAAGCAAAAUAAUAUGCAGAUUAAUGAUUUUGAGUUUGUGGAAGAGAAAGAAAGGAAUCUGGUUUCUGGAAUGCUUGGAGGAUAUGUGCAUUCCAACUUUGUGGUGAAAGGUGUAGAUGGCAGACCAACUUUGUUCUUUGCUGAGAUGGAGCAUGACUGCUUCCAGGAAGAACAUGUUGUUCUCUGCACUCCGUUGGAAGACAAGGACUCUGGUUGUUGUUUCGGGUGCAAUAAGCGAGCAAGAAAGCUCAGGCACCCCACAUGCGGUGGCUACUUGGGUGGACUCGAGGAUGUGCCGUUUCCUUACGUGGAGGAGGAUAGUGAUGAUGAGUGCUUUCUUGAAUGAGUCUAUAUAUAUGUUUCCAACAAGACAGAGCUGCAAAUUUGGUCUAGUCUAUAUGCUGAGAGUGCGUGAGAAGAAGACGGGUCGGUGAUUUGGUAACAGCAUGCUGUGACUAGUAGGGGCCGAAGCAUAUGUACCUUUAUUAAGGUUAAUAACUAGAUGCCUAAAAGAAUGUAAUGUUAACUAGAAUCAUGCUUGUGACAAUUUUGUUUU